AUGGACAAAGACCAACCCGACAUGCUGCAUGUGCAAGCUUACCCAUACCAGGCACAGCAAAAGGCUUCACCGCCAGUACAGCCUGAAGGUUCCAAAUCUGUCACGUUUAACGUUUCGGAUCACUACCAGAUACUCGAAGUGGUUGGCCAAGGCGCGUAUGGAAUGGUGUGUCUGGCAAUACACAAACCAACACAACAGAAGGUGGCGAUCAAGAAAAUCGAACCCUUUGGUCGUCUGAUGCUUUGUUUGCGGACGCUCCGAGAGUUGAAGCUUUUGAAGAACUUCAACCACGAAAAUAUCAUUAGCAUCUUGGCGUUGCAGAGACCAGCUUCAUACGAAGAUUUCUCCGAGAUCUACCUAAUUCAGGAGCUCAUGGAAACUGAUUUGCACAAGGUGAUCAGGACUCAGAAACUCAGCGACGACCACAUUCAAUAUUUCAUUUACCAGACACUCAGAGCCUUGAAGGCUCUCCACUCGGCAAAUGUGCUCCACCGUGACUUGAAACCUUCAAAUUUACUUCUCAACUCCAACUGCGACUUAAAGAUUUGCGACUUUGGAUUGGCCCGUUCUGUGGCGUCGUCAGAAGACAAUUUUGGUUUCAUGACUGAGUACGUGGCCACAAGAUGGUAUCGUGCACCAGAAAUCAUGCUCACCUUCCAGGAAUACACAACAGCAAUUGAUGUGUGGAGUGUGGGAUGCAUCUUAGCCGAAAUGCUUAGCGGACGCCCGCUUUUCCCUGGAAGAGACUACCAUAAUCAGUUGUGGUUGAUUAUGGAGGUAUUGGGUACGCCCAACCUGGAGGAUUACUACAACAUAAAGCUGAAACGAGCGCGCGAGUACAUUAGACUGCUUCCCUUCUGUAAGAAAGUGCCAUUGAGCGAGUUGUUUGGCCUGAUCCCCAAUGUGAACCCGUUGGCAAUUAAUCUUUUGGAACAACUUCUUGCCUUCAACCCAUCCAAGAGAAUCACUGUUGAAAUGGCCUUACAACAUCCAUACUUGAAAAUAUACCACGACCCUAAUGACGAGCCAGUGUGCGAGCCUAUUCCCGACGAUUUCUUUGACUUUGAUCGUCGCAAGGACGAGUUGUCCAUCAGCGACUUGAAGAAAAUGCUUUAUGACGAGAUCAUGAAGCCUCUUUAA